AUGGAGGAUGGAGUUGUCAUAAGUGGGGAUUAUAUUAAAAUUGAAAAAGACAAAAUUAAAAAUAUAAAUGAACAUAAUUUCGAACAAGUAUAUGAUUGCGAAUAUGAGAAUUUGUACAGAAGUAAAUGUUCAGGUAUUCUAUUAAAGACCCCAUAUUAUCCAUACAAAUAUGAUGUUAUGAACACAAGUCAUAAGUAUAUACCCAGAAUAGGGGAUCUAGUGAUAGGUAUUGUAAAGUCCAAAAAGUUAGAUUAUUAUCAAAUGGAUAUUAAUUGUAAUUGUGAAUGUAUUAUACACAAAAUUGAAAGUUUUAAGUAUGCUACUAAAAGUAGUUACCCAAAUUUGACUAAUGGCACAUUGUUAUAUAUGAUAGUGGAGAAAAUUAACCUAGAAAAUAAUAGUGUUGUGGCUAGUUGUAUUAAUUCAUCAGAUGUGAAAUCAUGGAUAAAUUAUGAAAAUUACUUGGGAGAACUAGUAGAUGGAUUCAUGUUCCGAGUUAGCAUUUCUUACGCAAAAAGUUUAAUUGGAGAUAAGUGCUACAUUUUGGAUUUUAUUGGAAAGGACAUUAAUUAUGAAAUUGCCAUAGGACACAACGGACGCGUAUGGGUGAAAACGGAUGACCCACGGGAAACCAAUAUGAUAUAUAGUGCAUUGAGAUAUUCAUUCGGAAAAACUAAAGCACAGAUGGAAGUAUUGUGGAAAUCUAUUUACAACUUAGGCAAAAGGGGCACUUAA